AUGCUGUGCAACCAAUUGCUUCUGCUCUCUAUGAGCUUCAUCCCGGCAUUCGGAUCCAUGUUCGGCAAGCAGCAGCCGCUAGGAAUUGAUCACCAAUCCGAGUCCAACCCCGCGUCGAACAAAGCACCCUCGUAUCGCGACGACCUCCUCGCCCUGCACAAGAAUCUCGUCGACAUUUCUUCCACCACUGGGGCCGAGCACGAUGCCGCGGCCUUCUUGAUCGACUACUUCAUCUCGCGGUCGUGGCACUACGACGUCGACAAGGUGGUACCCAGGAACAACACCCCCGAGGGCAAGGACCGGCUCAACGUCGUGGCCUGGCCCCCGACGGGGAGCUCAAAAUACCACGGCGGCAGCAGCGACGCUGCCGCCAGCGACAAAAAGCCCGACCCGAAGAUCCUCGUUACGAGCCACAUCGACGUCGUGCCGCCGCACAUCCCCUACUCCAUCGCCGACGGCAAAGUAACAAGAGACACCGUCAUCGCAGGCCGCGGGUCAGUCGACGCCAAGGGCAGCGUGGCGGCGCAGCUGACAGCGGUCGAGGACCUGCUGGCGCGCGGCCUGCUGGCCCCGGAGGACGUCAUGGUGGCGUACGUGGUGGGCGAGGAGCGGUACGGCGACGGCAUGCGGGCCUUCUCCGAGCGCGCCAGGUCGUCCUCGCUGGCCUUCCGGGCCGCCAUCUUCGGCGAGCCCACCGAGAACAAGCUGGCGUGCGGCCACAAGGGCGGGCUGUCAUGCGAGGUGACGGCCACGGGCAAGGCUGGUCAUAGCGGUUACCCGCGGCUGGGCAAGAGUGCCAACGAGGUUCUGCUCAGAGGGCUGCUGAGGGUGCUGGAGACGGACCUGGGGAGCAGUGACAGGUAUGGCAACACUACUGUCAACAUUGGCCUGAUGGAGGGGGGCGUUGCGCCCAAUGUUAUCCCUGCGCACGCGUCGGCCAGUCUAAUGUGCCGCGUUGCCGUUGGGCCACAGGAGAGCGGGCAUGAGUCUGUACGGGAGAAGAUCAAGGAGGUGCUGGCCUCCGUAGACGAUGAGGCGCUGAGCGUAGACUGCCCGGGCGGCGUCGGUGUGGUGCCUUGUGAUUGUGAUGUACAUGGCUUCGACACCAUCGUCGCCAACUACGGCACUGACAUCCCAUACCUGGAGGGCAACCACACCCGGUAUCUCUACGGGCCUGGCACCAUCCUCGUCGCCCACGGGGACAACGAGGCCCUGACGGUGGGCGAUCUCGAGGACGCCGUUGAGGGCUUCCAGAAGCUCAUUCUGCAUUCACUGAAGCUGUAA